AUGCAGAAUCUUGGAGACCUCAGAGUGGUGUGUGAACGCGGCGUCUGCAAGACCCACUUGCCAGCCAGAGACCCUUUCAGACCUCGGGUCCAGGCUGAAGACGAGAGGUCUGCUGAGAAAUACAGACACCGAGUCUGUACUAGUGCAGCAGCCCAACCAGUGCACCCAGAGCUCAUUUCCUGGUACAUCGCUGCUCUCCAGGAAAUGCUGACCAAAUUCCAAGUGAAUAAUGGCAUGGUCCAGGGAUGGCCCAGUCACUGGGUGCACAUGUCCAAAAGGGCAGAGCAUAUUCGGAGAGAGGACCAUGACGGCGCACCUACGGAGCCCUGGAUAAUGGAAAAUUUUGGUUCAGUGUGUACCGAAGCCUUCACCUCUGGUCAGCAUUACUGGGAGGGCGACACGGCCCAUCCCUCCAGCUGGAUUGUGUUUGUGGAAAUUCUG